AUGGCCUCACUAGCGCGUAUACGCAUCGCUCGCAGCCUUCCUGCAACCCUUUCAGCGCGCGCGCGUUUGAUACACACGACGUCAGACACGACCCAGCUGCAGGAGAAGCCCGCCGACCUCUCUCAACCCAUUACCGUCAAGCUCCAUGAAGACUCCUUCCAGUCCUACCUAUGCGAAAAGCCCGAGCUGGAGCUGGAGGUGACGAAGGACGAGCUGUUGACGAUGUACAAGGAGAUGCAGACGAUGCGGCGGAUGGAGAUGGCCGCCGAUGCCCUCUACAAGGCCAAGCUCAUCCGUGGGUUCUGUCAUUUGGCCAUUGGCCAGGAAGCAGUCUCCGUCGGCCUCGAACAUGGCAUCACCCCCAACGAUCGUGUCAUCACCGCCUACCGCUGCCACCCCUUCGCCGUCAUGCGCGGUGGCACCAUCAAGGGCGUCAUCGGCGAGCUUCUCGGUCGCCAGUGCGGCAUGUCCCAUGGAAAGGGCGGCUCCAUGCACAUCUUUACCCCCACCUUCUUCGGUGGUAACGGUAUCGUCGGUGCUCAGGUCCCCAUUGGUGCUGGCGUCAGCUUCGCACAGAAGUACAUGGGCGAGAAGACGUGUACGUUCGCGCUGUAUGGUGAUGGCGCGAGCAACCAGGGCCAGGUAUUCGAGGCGUUCAACAUGGCCAAACUCUGGAACCUCCCCACCAUCUUCGUCUGCGAGAACAACAAGUACGGAAUGGGCACCUCCGCUGCUCGCUCUUCCUCCAACACCGAGUACUUUACCCGCGGCGACAAAAUCCCCGGCCUCCAGGUGAACGGAAUGGACAUUAUCGCGGCCAAGCAGGCCGUCCAGUACGCCCGCAAAUGGGCCGUCGACGAGGAUAAGGGUCCGCUCCUUCUCGAGUUCGUCACAUACCGCUAUGGCGGACACUCCAUGUCGGACCCCGGCACCACCUACCGCACGCGCGAAGAAGUCCAGCGCAUGCGUUCGACACAAGACCCCAUCCGCGGGCUGCAGAAGUACAUCGAGGAAUGGGGCCUCGCGACCGAGCAGAGCUCAAGCAGCUCGACAAGGACGCGAAGGCCGAGGUCGACCAGGCUGUCGAGGAGGCCAAGGCGUCGCCUGAGCCCCGUGCGGAGGACUUGUGGACGGAUAUUUAUUACAAGGGCACGGAGCCAUCUUUCAUGA